GGAACAGCGAGCUAAAUCUUGUUUGGUAAACUUCGUUGCUCCAAUUUCUUCCUAAAAUUAAAUAACAAAAAAAAAACCAAAACAUUUAUUUGAUUGAAGUCAACUUCUUUACUACGAGCUUAUUAUAUCCUGGAAGGAUUCAAAACGACAUCGUGAACUGCAAGCGUCAAUAGUGGAAGAAGAAAGUGCUUCUAUGACAAGUCUUGUCGAAAGAGCUUUUCACUCGCCCAGCUGCCACCAUGAGCUCUGUACUGUCUUCUGUACAGACUCUCACGCAGAUGUUCCAUGAGAAAAAAGAUGAAUUUCUUUGUGAAAUUGAUGAUGUCCACAUGGUUUGGCUUGAGGAGAUCCAGCAAGAGGCCAACCGCAUGUUCUCAAGACCAAAGAGCGUCAAAAGCUGGAGGCACUUAAAAAGAAGCAGGAACAAGAAGAGGAACGAAUGAGGAAAAUGGAAGAGGAGAAGAAAAAGAAACAAGAAGAAUUCAAAAGGAAGAGGGAUGAGAGGCUAAGAAAGGUGCUUGAGGCCAAAAUAAAAGAAGAACAGAGAGAAGAGGAAAAGAAAAAGAGGGUUGAACAAAAAAUGGCCAAUAUUGAUGGGAAAAAUGAUAAGCGUCAGGCUGAGGAGAGGGCCAAAAAGAGAAUUGCCAUCAAACGCCAGGAGGAGCUUGAGCAGAAACGCAAGCUGGAAGAAGAAAGUAAAAAGAAGAAGAUUCAGCAAGCGAAGGAGGAGAAGCGCCAAGAAGAGUUUCUGGUUAAGAAGGCCAAAGAGGAAGAAAUAAAAGCUAAAAAGCUGGCUGAAGCUCGCAGAGCGUUGGAGCUGAAAAGGGAGCAGGAGCGUGAAAAGGAGCUGGAAAGAGAACGCCAAGCUGCUGCUGAAAGGGAGCAAGCGGAAAAAGAGAAGGGCUAUUGUCCAGAAUCUUUUGCACGUUCUGUAAUGACCACACCUGCAGGAAAAGGCUGUGGACUCAAUGUCACUGUAGAUGUGGAGAAAUCCCCACAUUGGACGUACUUGAUCACUCCAGAGGGUGGCAAGAACGCGAAGACUGUGUCCAAAAAUUCAGAAGACUACGGCAUGGACCAAAACAGCGAUGAUUCUACUGAUGACGAGUCCGCUCCAAAAAAGCAAAUUCCGUCUUGGGCAGAAGGUCACAAUCUACAAAAGAUAAUUAUGAAACAGUACUUCAAUCCUCCUGACUUGGACUCUUUCUUUGGCUCGAUCGAGGCACCAAAUCUGGAGAACAUCUUUUACAAGAGCAAACCUCGCUACUUUAAACGCACCAGCUCUGCUGUGUGGCACUCACCUCCUGUUGGGAAGAAGUAACAGGUGCACUGAUUAUAGUGAGGCCUCGCUGUACAAAUCUUUUAUGUUUUAAGUUGGCUUCUCUAAAAAUGUAUGUUUGGGAUGUUUUUAGAGUAUUACAGUAAAUGUUCGUUUUGCAUGUUUGUAGAUGGGAAAUGUUUUUAGCAUCUU